UAGAAAAUAAUGUUGAAUGGUGGGGGAAGCAACAGCAACAGCGACAAGCCGGGAUAAAGGCAGACGAAGACAAGAAAAGAACACAUCCAUCGCUGUCUAUGCCUUUCUCUCCUCUAAAUGCAUGCAUUUGCCUCCCACCAAUCUCAAUCCUCUCAUUUUUAACAUCAUUUGAUUCAGAAAUCAUCUGGGUUUUGUUCCUUUUCCCCAAAUGUACUCAGGGAUUCACUCGAUUCCAUUGGAAGGAACUGGUAUCGACUUCCCCCGGCCGUUAACUAGUACCAACUUGGUCGGAGAUCCAUGUUUGGUGUUGACGACAGAUCCGAAGCCGAGGCUCCGAUGGACGGCGGAGCUCCAUGAGAGAUUCGUCGAUGCAGUUACUCAGCUUGGUGGCCCCGAUAAAGCAACACCAAAAAUGAUAAUGAGAACAAUGGGGGUAAAAGGCCUCACACUCUAUCAUCUCAAGUCACAUCUUCAGAAAUAUCGUAUGGGGAAACAAUCAUGCAAAGAGUUCCCAGAGAACUCUAAAGAAGCGUCUUGCAUUGCUGAAAGCCAGGACAUGGGUUCGUCCACAUCAUCAUCUACAAGAAUGAUGGCACAAGAUUUAAACGAUGGCUUUGAGGUUACAGAAGCUUUACGAGCACAAAUGGAAGUCCAAAGAAGAUUACACGACCAACUAGAGGUUCAACAUCGACUCCAGCUUCGGAUUGAAUCACAAGGAAAGUAUCUUCAAUCGAUCUUGGAAAAAGCUUGUAAAGCUAUAAAUGAUCAAGCAAUUGCGACAGCUGGACUGGAGGCAGCUAGGGAGGAGUUAUCUGAGCUGGCAAUCAAGGCUGCAGCUUUGAAGAAGAGACAAAGGGCAAUGUUCAUGCAAGCAGAGUGGAUGGCUUCUAACACCGGAUAA